AUGUCCGCAUCUCCGUGGCCAAGAGCUAUCGUCGGUGGCCUCGUGACUAUCGCUAUCGGCUACGCCAUCAUGAAAGCUACCACUCCGACGGAUCAGCAAUUUUACGACGCCCUUUCGCCAGACCUCAAGCGCCAAGUCGACGCACAGCGUCUUGCAGCUCAGCGCAAAGCAGCUUAUGCUGAACAACUCAAGCGCGCAAAGGAGCAAGAUGAUACAGCACCUGUAUGGGCUGAGGGCGCUAGAGCGAGAGAUUCUACGCCUCCUCCUCGCGUCUGA